AUGGCCAUCACCAGCAAACAGUUCCUGGUCGGAGAAUGGAUCUUACUCGCCCUCUGUUUUGUCGUCGUCUUCGCCCGACUAGCAGUACGCACUUGGCACAGGGUCUGGUCUUUUUGGCUAUCCGAGAUCUUCCUGCUGCUCGCUCUCUUGUUCUUCGUCAUAAUCACUGUAGGAGACACCUAUACCAUGGCUAUAGGUCAAAACGUCUUUGAGGAUUACUACGACGAAGGCUUCGCAAAGUGGAAAUAUGCCAGUUUGAUUAUCUUCGAUCUCGGCUUUUACCUGCCAAGAUUUAGCCUACUGGCUUUCUACAACGAGCUUUUCCCUCGAAGCGAAAGAAAACUACGCACGUGCCUCCAGCUCGUUGCAAUCUAUACCGCCUGCGCGUGCGUUACGACCUUGUUCGUGGAUGUAUUCUGGUGCGGCACCAAAGUCUCUGAGAACUGGGCCGACAGUAGUCCCGAGUGUACCACGGCAGACAGCCUGGAGCCCAUAUACAUCAACUGGUCGAUCGGUAUCGCUUCAGAACUACUGAUAUUUGCACUGCCGUUCGGAAUCCUUCGGCUGAAGGCGUUGAAAACGAAGGACAGAAGAGCCUUGCUCUGCAUCUUCCUUCUCGGCAUAGCCACCGUGCUCGUCAGCACUGCACGGUUUAUCUUGACGGUGCACUCCAUCUGGGACUACUCGACCUAUCUCGUCGGCUCGACAGAAAUCGCCACCCAGAUCAUAGUCAUUACUCUGCCAGCACUACGUCCGUUGUUUGGCGUUGUAUCGCGUCGUUGGAGCGGAUACCUCCAGAGCAGGACAGAGCAACGGAACAGUGCAAUGCUUUCCAACGUUAAACAAAAUCAGCAAGCGUCUGGCACGGUCGGUAGCGUCUAAUUCAAACCGAAACAAUCGCAUCGUGUGUCGACAGUGCUGAUAUGAACAAAAGGUGCUACGUCUGUUGGAAUGUGAGAAUGCCGCCGCCGCCGCCGCAGUGCGGGAACCUACAGCAGACAAAUAACGUUUUGUUGUCUGAACGAUGAACGACUGUAUUAAUAUGCAAGGGUUGGUAUAUAACAGGGAUUUAACAGGGAUUUGUUCUUGAGCAUACUCGACAUUUGCCAAGAUUUCAGAUGAUUAUAAUACACUCUUCAAGGUUC